AUGCAGCUCAAGUCUUUCCUGGUCGCCGCCUCCAUGGUGGCAUCCGCCUUCGCCAAGCGAACUUGCGGAACCGACGAGCCCACUGAGGUCGACCUCCAGGUCGCCCAGGACUUCAAGCUCAUGGAGUCUAGCGCCCGCCUUGCCGGUAACGGCUCCCGUGCCGCCGGCCCCAUCCAGAUCAAUGUCUAUUGGCACGUUGUGGCCUCCUCGCAGUCCGUGAGCGGCGGCUACCUGACCCAGGCCACCCUGGAUGAGCAGCUUGCCGUGCUCAACACCGCCUAUGCCCCCCACGAUAUCUCCUUUGUCGAGGCUGGCGCUGACUGGACUGUCAACUCCAACUGGGCUGCUGACCGUGCUGAGGUUGCGAUGAAGACUGCGCUUCGCAAGGGCACGUACGCUGAUCUAAACGUGUACUUCGUCGCUAGCUCGCGCUACCUUGGCUAUGCUCGCUUCCCUCAGACCAUCACCCCGGGAUCUGCUGAUUUCAACCGUGACGGCGUUGUCAUUCUCUCUACCACGGUCCCGGGAGGCAGCUACGAGGAGUACAGCCUUGGUCACACUGCCACUCACGAGAUCGGUCACUGGCUUGGACUCUUCCACACCUUCCAGGGCUACGCUUGCAGUGGUGAUGGCGACUCUGUUGAUGACACCCCCUACGAGGCCGAGGAGUCCUACGGUUGCCAGAUCGGUCGCGAUACCUGCCCCAACUCUGCCGGUACCGACUCUGUUACCAACUACAUGAACUACUCCGACGACGAGUGUUUCACCGGAUUCUCCAACGGACAGCAGAGCCGCAUCUACAGCUACUGGGAUACCUACCGCGCCCAGUACCAGUAA